ACGCUCAUUAAUUAUGCUGCCGUACAAGCAACUAAAAUUAAUUUGGACAAAUUUAUACUGAAAUUAGAAAACGCCUCUUAAUAUUAAAACACCUUAAAACAACUGUACUUUAAUUAAAAACAAAUAAAUUGUAAAUAAAUUCCUCUGCCGCAACAAUUAAUAAAUAAAAGUGUGUCUUUUACACCUACAACCUGCCUAAAUGAUUGGCACCGAUGAAAUGUCAUCCACUGGCAUGGAUAUUAGUGAAUCCUUUCGUCCGGAGGAUAUAUCGAAAACAGAUUUUUUCGAUUUUGUCACAGCACCCGAUAUGGGUAUUGGCCUAGGCGUCAAUGUUAAUUUACAUCAUAGUCAUCAUAAUCAUCAACAGCAGCAGCAGCAGCAACAUCAUCAUCACCAUCAUCAUACGCCACAGCAGCAACAAACACAACAUCAACAGCAGCCACAACCUCCGCUCUCAAUGACACAACAACAACAACAGCAACAUCAUCACAGUAAUAAUACACAUCCUCAUCAUGCGUCUCAACACCAACAUCAACAACAACACACUUCUAGCACGGAACGAACAAUGACACAUGAUGGUGGUGGCGGUGGUGGUAAUGGUGGCAAUGUUAGUAUAGGUACUAGAGGUGGUGACAGUCAUAAUGAUGCUAGUGGUUUAAGUGAUGGUAGUUCUGCGAGUACAACAGAUCCAACAUUACAUGGUUAUGAGUUUUGGUCUACAGACAAGGAGCACACUUCUACCAUCUUUGAAGAUUUAGAUCGUUACUGCUGGCAGCAACAAUCAAACAACACUGCCUCUACCAAUAAUUCCUCAGCCUCUGUAAUGCAUCAUUCAUCACCUGCCCCGACAUUGAAUCCCCUACACACGAGUUCGGUGAAUCCUACGUCACCGCAUAAUCAUCAUUCGCCCGCAACACCUGUAACCACACCCACUUCGUUGACCUCAACACCUGUGCCACAAACACAACUGAAUAGUGAUGGUACCAUUUCGAAUAUCAUCUCUACCGAUGGCCAAAUUUAUACACUGACAGUAUUAAACGGUAAUGAACCAUGGUUAAAACGAGAUUCGGAUGCUCACCUUAAUAGCACCUUAGAUUUAGACAGUCUAUUGGGUACAUUUCCGGGUUAUAUUAAAUCAGAAUAUCCUUAUGAUGAUAGUGGUUUUAGUACGGACGGUUGUAAGGAUGUGAAUAGUGAUGCCACAAAUGUUAUGAAUAGUAGUAGUGGUGGUGGCAAUGCCCCUGGUCUUGUCAAUAACCAACGUUUACCUUCUUUACUUAACACUAUUUCGGUGACGAGUAGUGGGACGGGAGCUGGUAGCGGAAAUGUCUCAAAUGCAAAUGAUAGUGUUUCAACAGCUUUAAGUAUUGGCCAACAAUUGGAUCAGUUUCAUAAUAACAAUAAUGAUUGGCAUAUGACGGAUAAUAAUAAUGAGCAGAACUCAGCUGAAUCACUAUUACGUAGUGCUCUACAAGGUAAAGGCUAUGCGAAAGGUUUACACAUGCACAAUGGUAUUACGUUAAUGUCAACAUCACCCACAGUCAAAGAUGAUGAAAUGAGGAGAAUAUUGUUUCCAGUUGAUACGGACGGCUUAAAUUUCUCCGAUACUUCACUAAGUGCUGCACAAAUUUUCGAUGAUACUCAAACAGCCAACGGCCAUAACCCCCAUAUGGUUGUGCCACAUUCACCCGUCACAAAUGGUCCUCUAACGCCAGUCACAAAUAAUCCAAAUAACAACAGUAAUAACAAUGCCAGUAAUCAAGCCAGCAGCCUUAUAGUUGAUGACAUGUUCCUAACAUUAGAAAAUGCCUUUAGUGAUGAUUUUGAGAAAAUCAAACAGUUUUGUACAGCAGGAUCUAAUACAAACGACUAUGGCGCAAAUGAUGUGAUGAUGCAAAUUUCACCAAAUGGCAAUGCGACAACACAGUCCACAAAUGCCAACACGGGCAGUAUACAAGCGGUGACAACUGCACAUCAGCCAAUGCUGACAAGUCUACAUUCGUCCGCAAUAGCCACAACACCAAAUAAUGCCGGUAGACUAUCGACUCCAGUAGGCGGUAUGGCAACAACAAUACCAACACAACAGCAGCAGCAACAACCACCACCUCAGCCAUUAAAACCGGAAGUGACUACUUCAACACAGCGCAUUGUCUCCACAGCGAAAGUAACGAAAAAAUACAAACGUUCAUUAUCAACAGCUCAUCAUAAUAGCAACAACAACAACAAUCCAAAUGUCAUUAAUCAUAAUAACAACACAUCGAAUAACAACAAAGGAUCCUCAAACAAUAUGACACUAACAAAUGGUCAAAAUCGUAAUGGCAAUAAUUCAAGUGGUAGCAGCACCAACAGCAGUAACAGUCCCACCCAUUGUAAUGGCUUGGUGGCUGGUGGUGGGGUCAUGGGUGGUAACACCACUGCCACCAGCGCAACUAACAACUCUUCCACCACUUCCUCCUCAUCUUCGUCAUCUGCUGCGACACCAGGACAACGUAAGGAGCGCUCUCUACACUAUUGUUCCAUAUGUUCAAAAGGUUUCAAGGACAAAUAUUCCGUUAAUGUACACAUACGAACUCAUACCGGUGAGAAACCUUUCGCCUGCACUUUGUGUGGUAAAAGUUUUCGUCAAAAGGCUCACUUGGCCAAACACUACCAGACCCAUAUGGCCCAGAAAAAUAAUGGCAGUUUGGUAAAGGGUAGUUCGAGCAAACAUCACCGUACCUCCAGCACACAAAAUUUAAAUACAUCCGCCCUUGCGUCACACAAUCAUCCAAGAUCUUUAAGUUUAGCAAGCGCACCAAACACACCCUCAUCGAUGGGCGGCUCUAGUGUGGGUGGUUUAGUCAGUGGCAUUCUGUCGUCAAGUGGUUUACCACCAUUGGGUGUUACCGUCUCAGCGUCAUCGGCUCCUACAACGCCCACAACAAUACUGCCGCCAGCUAAUGGUUUGCUGGCUAACAGGUAGAAUUUAUUAGUGUUUAUUUCUGUUUUCCUAAACAGUUUUUAGAGUAAAAUAUUAGUAUUAAUAACUUUUCACUUCGAGUUUAUUUAACUUUAUUUUACAUUUAACUAUCUUUUUGUUCCUAAUUUUUUAUGUUUAAUUUUUAUUUCGAAAUGCUAUUUACACUCAAAGAAUUUAUUUUUAUUUUACUUUUACUUAAAAAAAUACUCACACUCACCAUAAUAACGAAGGAAAGAUCAAAACUGUCCAUAGUUUUUUAACGAAUUUAUUUUAACUAUUUUAGGUAAAUUAUUUAUUUUUUGUUUAAUUAUUAUUUUGUUUGUGUGUUUGUUUGUUUUUUUUAACUAUUUAAACUCGUUUUAUUCCUAGCUGUAAUUUGAAAGGUUUAAAGAGGAGAGUUUGGUGUUGACGAUCAAAUGAAAGUUAAAAGUUUAUUUAUUGGUGGAAAGAUUUGAAAUUAUUUUAAAACACUUAAAAUAUUUAAUAAAAACUUUUCGAAUUUAGUUUAACUAUUAUGUAUUAUCGAUUGACG